GCGUGAGGAAAAUUCCGGCGUAUCAGGAUCCAUUUCCUGGAAACCAGACCUUUCAAAUUAUAAUUUGGCGUAACAAGUUAACAGACCCACCUCUACGCGCUUUCUUCAAUCUCUCUUCGCUCCCUCUGAGCAGGUAUUUUCAUUUGCCACGGCGUCCCGUACCUCCAUUGACUUUGUUUUCCAUGAACCCACCUUCCCAUAUCCAUAAAUGCUCUCUUUUCCUCCUCCUCCCUCCACUGACAGUUUCAGAUCCAUACCUUAGUCUUGAAGCUCUCUCCCUCGUUUUUCCUUUCUUCUGAAGAUGAAUGACUUGUUCUCUGGCUCCUUCUCUCGCUUCCGUGGCGUGGAAUCUUCGCCGGACCAUCACCAGCAGCACCAUGUCAUCGAGAUGGGUUCCGUCGAGGUCUCCUCUGAAGGCGGCGACCUCCACAAGUUCUUCCAAGACGUAGAAUCUAUAAAGGACGAGCUGAAAGAGCUCCAAAGACUGAACCGGAAUCUGCAGAGCUCUCACGAGCAGAACAAGACCCUUCACAAUGCCAAGGCCGUCAAGGACCUUCGCUCUCAAAUGGACAGCGACGUCGCUCUUGCUCUAAAGAAGGCGAAGCUCGUCAAGGUCAAAUUGGAGGCACUGGAGCGAUCCAACGCCGCCAGCCGGAGCCUUCCCGAUUGCGGACCCGGGUCGUCGUCCGACCGGACUCGGACGUCCGUGGUGAACGGUUUGAGGAAGAACCUGAAGGACUCCAUGGACAGUUUCAAUGAACUCAGGCAGCGGAUCUCCUCCGAGUACCGGGAGACCGUGCAACGCAGGUAUUUCACGGUUACCGGCGAGAAUCCCGACGACAAGACCAUCGACCUCCUGAUUUCUACAGGUGAGAGCGAGACAUUCCUUCGGAAAGCCAUCCAGGAGCAAGGCAGGGGAAGAAUUCUGGACACCAUUAAUGAAAUUCAAGAGAGGCACGAUGCGGUGAAAGAUUUGGAGAAGAAUCUGCAGGAGUUGCAUCAAGUGUUCGUGGACAUGGCAGUACUGGUGCAGUCCCAAGGAGAGCAAUUGGAUGAUAUUGAGAGCCACGUGGCGAGAGCGAGCUCGUUUGUGAAAAGUGGGGCCCAGCAGUUACAGACAGCAAGGAAGCACCAGAAAAACACCAGGAAAUGGACCUGUUACGUAAUCACGCUUCUGCUCGUGAUUAUCUUGCUCGUGGUGCUCUUCACUGUGAGGCCAUGGCAAAAUAAUAGCAGUAGUUCGUCAGCAUCACCGCAAACACCUGCACCACCACCACCUCCUCCUGCUGCUUGAACUUACAAAUUUAUUAAGAGUCUAUUAUUAGUAAUCUAGAUUCCGAUGCUUGUGGGAUUCAUUUAUUUUUCCGUGAAACCAGAGUUUUUAUUCUCUGGCUAGGAUCGAUCUGGUUGAUGAGGUGGGGCUGGUAGGUAGGGUGACCUUCAACAGUUUAAUUUCAAUUCGAGCUAAGAUAGGAGGAAGUUUAGGUGGAUAUGUAUGGCUCUAUUGAUGGGUAGCUCAUGGUUUUGGGUAUUACAUUCUUUUCCUGUAAUUAACUUUAUAUGCAAGAGGAUCAGUUGCCUGUUUAUUGGCGGCUUCAUGUGUAUUCUCUUGGGGAUGUUAUUUACGCAAUCUACGUUGAGUUUGAGCAUGCUAUAUACAUACUUUUUUCUUA